CGUGCCAAGUAACUCACAAACAAAAACAAAUAACAUUCAAAUAUAACUAUAUACAUUAAUUUGAAAAGCCAAUCGAUAGAGUUCACGGCAAUGCCAAUUGACAAAAUUCUUAGCAGUCGCCAUCAGCCACAGCGCUACAAUGCGCCGCGGAAGCGGGUGGAGAACGGCGAGGAGCGCAAUUCCAACUUUGCGAGCCCGAAUGAUGACUCCGACUAUUCCAUAGACUCUGAUUUGGCGAUUCUGCCGCCGCCGCGCCGCUCAGCUGUGGCCCGGCUGAAUACUCGACAACUGUCAAAGAGUCGAAAUUUGAUAAUGAAGUGGAUCGUUUGCCUAACGAUCAUUUUUCUGCUGCUGCUCUUUGUGCCGCGGCAUCACGUGGUCAAAGAAGUGAAACUUAAGCGCAGCGUAACCAUACUUUUGUGGAACGAGGAGAGCUCCAACGAGCGCUGGUGGCGAUAUCAUCAAUGCCACUGCACGGUGACCCCCAAUCGCAAUUACACGGAUAGACCCGUAGAUGCGGUCGUUAUCAAUGCAGAUCGAGCCUACGACGUGGACGGCCUGGAGAAGAUCGUGCGCACCCCGAAUUUCUUGGUGGUUUUUGCGGCCAAGAAGCCGCUGGGUCUGGCCAAAAAUCCGUUAAGUCUACACGGUCAAUCUGUCUUCAACUAUUCGAUGACCUAUCGCCUGGACUCGAAUGUGCUCUGGACAGAAUACUAUUUCUCCACGUUGCAGAAUAUCGAGGAGCGGGUGCACAAGUUUACGGCGCCCCACAAGAAAUCCCUGAAAGAGAUGUCUGCACCGGCGGCAGCCCAUCUUCGCUUCAAAUUGAAGCUCAAACAGCGUCUGCUGGUCUACAUGAUGUACCCGGUGAACAAUUCCACGAUGCAGCAGAGCCUCUAUCUGCAGCAUCUGCGCAAGCACAUCGAUCUGAGCGUCAUCGAGACCUGCCACGAAGCCAAUGAAUGCCUGCCGUACAGGUUCAUGCUGAUCUUUGAGCCGAGCCGCUGUCCGGAAUAUGUGCAUCCGCAGUUCUACAUGGCGCUGGCCAACUUUGUGGUGCCCGUGCUGAUUGGUGGCGGCAAUCUCAGCCAAGUGGUGCCUCCCGGCUCUUAUAUAAGCGCCGACAACUUCCUGUCACCUUUUGAACUGACCGAACACUUGAAGUUGCUGUCCUCACGGCCGGAACUGUACGAGCAGUUCUUUUGGUGGCACUCCAAGUAUCAAAUCCAUCAAAUAAAGCUUCCCUAUUGCGCUCUCUGUCACCAGCUGCGACAGGAGCAGCAACAACGCCCACCUUACGAGUUCCUUCAAUGGUGGACAAUUUACCAGUGCCCGGAACCCGGAGAAUUUCUAAUCGGAACGAAUCCCUAAAUCGGGUCUUCCCAAGAAAAGGAAACUCUUCGAGUAUUUUAGUCAAUGUAUCUAUGUAGAGUAGAACUAACUAACCUAAGUAUAUGCCAAUUGUAUAGAUGAUUUUAUUUUGCCAGACUUAAUUUAAUCAGUUUAUGCGGCACGUAAAUCAGAAAUAUAAUCUAUAGUUUUACGAGUGCAAA